AGUCGGAUAAAACCGACGUCCACAAAUGGUUUAGCGUAUCAGGAAAACAUCGAGGGACCGCCGGCGGCAACGAUACGCGGCUGCCUACGAGGCCCACGCUAAAGGCACAGGAGAGCCAUUCAGAAGAGCAGGGGGUCAAAGGUGAGAAGAGCAGAGGGCACAAUGGAGAGCGAGCCAGGGGCCCCGGCCUCUACAAUCAGCACAACUGGGACCACCACCACCACCACCUCAGGCACGACCACCACCAGCACCACAGCUGCCAGCAGCAGUAGUACUGGUGGCUGCAUCAGUAGUAGCAGUAACAAUACUAGUGCUAGUAGUACUAGUAGUAGUACUAGUAGUAGCAGUGCUACAGGAAGACAGGCGGUGCCUCAAAUAUCCGUUUACAGUGGAAUCCCGGACCGACAGACAGUUCAGUUCUUUAGACAGCCUAACACUGCAGCCCAGUACCUACAGCAGAUGUACGCAGCACAACAGCAGCACCUAAUGCUGCAGACAGCAGCCCUCCAGCAGCAGCAUAGUCUCAGCACUGCUCAGCUCCAGAGCCUGGCUGCCGUGCAGCAGGCUAGCAUUGCGGCUGGCAGGCAAAGCUCCUCUCAGAACAGCACUUCAUCGCAGCAAACAGGAUCUUCUCCAACUACGAUAAACCUGACCACCUCCCCAGCAGCGGCCCAGCUGAUUAGCCGGGCCCAGAGUGUCAGUUCUGCUCCCACCAGUAUUUCCCAGCAGGCCGUCUUACUGGGCAGCCCGUCCAACCCUACUCUCACUGCCAGCCAAGCGCAGAUGUACCUGCGUGCACAGAUGGCCCAGCAGAGUAACCUUGUGCAGGUAGCCAGGAGCUUGGGCCGGGCCGUCCCCCUGUCCCCACAACUUAUCUUCACUCCAACGGCCACAGUGACAGCCGUCCAAUCAGAAAACUCCAAUCAAGCCACCUUACAACAUACGGCCUCCUCACAGAAUCAGGUCCAGAACUUGGCCAUCCGAGGCCAGCAGGGGGCAACCACAUCCUCCUCUCAGACUCUGCAGGCCCUGAGCCUGAAGCAAACCCCCAUACCCAUCCAGCCUGCCUCGCUGAUCAAGAACUCUAGCCAAGGGACCCAGGGCUCUUCAGGGGGGAAGACAGGCCCAUCCGACAGCCCCACAGAUGGAGGGAAAAAGGGGGACAGUGCAGUGGUCACAGAGGUGCGGGCCAUAAACAUGAGCCGCAGUGUCACUGCUGUUAGUGCCCCGCCCCUUAUUGCUCCAGCCUACACUCAGAUUCAGCCUCACUCCCUGGUCCAACAGCACAAGCAGCAGCAGCAGCAGCAGCAGUUCGUGGUCCAGCAGAACCAAGCUUCCCAACGGACAGCCUCCAUUCAGCCGUCACAGCAUCCAGUCCCUGUGCUGCCCAAACCUGCUCCCCACCAGCCCUCCAUGCCCAGUCAGCCGGCCACCAUCUUCCACUCCACCAUCAGCCCUCACGCUCUUCACUCUUCUCUUAGCCACGCCAAAGCCCAGCCUGUCCAACUCACAGCCAUCAACCUACAAAUACAACCCACGGCGUCUCGAUCGGUCCAGGAGAAUAAGGAUAAGCCCACCUCAUUGGUGGUCAGAGAGACUUGUCCAACCCCUGCCUUGCAACAGCAUCAGCCUACACCCUCUCCACCACAGCCCACGAAGCCUACUGAGCAGCCCAAGGUUGACACCACCACACCCACUGUCCAGCCACAGGGAGGAGGCUCCAGCAAGAAGCCGAGCGUUGCACAUGAGAGUCUGCCUCCCCCGGCCAUGACCUCGGGGAACGACAGCGAGGUGGCCGCGGCGACGGGCAGCGCGCCGCACAACGGAGACAACAAGCCGCCCCAGGCCAUCGUCAAGCCCCAGGUCCUGACACACGUCAUCGAGGGCUUUGUCAUCCAGGAGGGAGCCGAGCCGUUCCCUGUUUGUGUGGAACGUUUACCCAUUCUAAUUGACAGCCCAAAGAAGCUGGACCAUCAGCUCUCCUCAGACCCUGAUAAAACCCCUGUCAGUAACCCAGCCAACACCACUGACUCUGAGCCUGAGGAACUGAACCAGCCAGAGAAAGACCAGGAGGAACCUAAGCUGACCUGUGAAUACUGUGGCUGGGUGGACUUUGCCUACAAGUUCAAGGGUUCUAAAAGAUUUUGCUCAGUUGUGUGUGCAAAGCGGUACAAUGUGGGCUGCACAAAGCGGGUUGGUCUUUUUCGUCCAGAUAAAAGUAAGCAAACUAAUCGUUGGCGCAGAAGAUCACAGGGCCGGCCCAGUGUAGAGGCUAAGAAACAGAAGCUGUCCCCUUUACCCCAGCAGACCCAGGGUGGCUCUGUAUCCUCCCCUCAACCCUCACAGCCCAGUCAGGAGGAGUCUAGCCCAUGCUCCGACAUGUCUAGCUAUGAGGAGCCCCCCUCGCCGCUAUCAGCUGCCAGCUCGGGGCCCCUGGCUCCUGCCCCAGCCUCAGCCCAAGUACCAGUCCAUCGGCAGCCAAGCAGAACCUCCGACCAUGAGAGCUGUGGCGGCAGAGAUGUACCUAACCUCGCUCAGCACUUCCUCCCCAGCGAUCCCACCAAGUGGAAUGUGGAAGAGGUUUAUGAGUUCAUUUGUUCUCUACCAGGUUGCCAGGAGAUAGCAGAUGAGUUCCGCUCUCAAGAGAUCGAUGGACAAGCCUUGCUCCUGCUAAAGGAGGACCACCUCAUGAGUACAAUGAACAUUAAGCUAGGACCUGCACUCAAGAUCUUUGCACGCAUCAACAUGCUCAAAGACUCUUAGCCAGGAGGCUCUGUAUGUUUGUCUGUGUACACAUGGAUUGACCUGUGUGCAUGUGUGAGGACAUGGAUAUGUAUGUAUGUAUUGGAGAUGCACCCUUCUGGUAUUGAAUAUCAACUCGAUACCAGGCUAAAAUGGGUUUCUGUAAUAAUGCAGUUUUACGGGAGAGGGUUAUCAACCCUCAGCCCAACCUGGAGGACCAGGGGAUCACACUUUGUUUGGUCCCUACCCUUUGACCUGUUCGGCAUGGGUGUCCCUACCAGGAUUAUAAGGCUCCAGCCGACAUAGCUCUUGGGGUCAUGGAGACUCACAAACCACCCCACCACGAUAAGUUGGUGAUCCUGUCGAGGCGGAGGCUAAAAUGGAAUAUCAGCAUUGGAGAUUUCACCCAUACUAAAAUCCGAUACCAAAAGACAUGAUUAACAUGUCAUGAAUAAAAGCAAAAUUGCUUAAUUUACUGCAUUUUUGGCACAUGGAAGCAUGUAUUUCGUUAAUGGUGAAACAAAACAAAAACUGGUUCUAUCUCAAUUAUCCAGUGACCCCCAAACUGGUCUAAAUCUGCAUUGUUAAGCAAAAGUAAUGGAUCAGAUCCGUAGUCAGUAUCUGCAGAGACUUAAAGAUUCAUAACUCGGAAUUGGUAUCAGCAUUGAAGAAGUGGUAUCAGUACAUCCCUACUAUAUUUGUAUAUGUAUGUAUGUGUGAAUGAAUGUGGUGGAGAAUGAGGUUGGGGAUAGGGCGAGAGACGUGUCGCUACAGCACUGUUGACUACCUUACCUCUGCACUAUGAUCUCGCUCUCUCCCCAUCUUUGGAUUGAUUCCUUCAUUCUUCAGUAUGUCAGGAUUGGACUCUGCUGGAUCUAGCCCCAACAAAUGUUUCACUUUUACUUGUAUUAAGUUUGAUUACCAUGCAAAUUGUUUUUUUGUUUUUUCUCUCGCUGAGGAGACUGCAUGGAGGUUGGCUUGGAGACUGCUUCAAAAAGGCUACAUAGUUGAGACUCAGCGAAGUAGAACUGUAAACAAGAACAGUGUUGGCAGUGAAAAAGUCACAAAUCUUAUAGUUCAAAUGCUAACAGCUGGCACACCGAUACAUUCUGCAUGGAACCUGUGACUUGUUGUACAUAAUAUGCCAUCCUUGACAACCAACUUUACUAUUCAGCUCUGCUGUCAUGGUUUGCAACUCUGCUGCAUGACAUCACAACUACACAACCCCCUUGGAUCAGUUUGAAAAGCUGUGACUGGACUGAUAACUUUUUGGAUGGGCCAGUCUUUUUGAAACUCCCCAGGAUUUGAUCAGUUCAUUAGAUAUGUCUGGCUAGCAGGGAGGCAGCUCAAGCAUAAAGCUAGUGAGCACACUGAUCAAACGACGGGCCAAUUCGUUGACUAAAUACUGUUAAUCUCUGUUAUAUGCACCUCCUGGAAGUAAAGCAACUCUGCUACCACGAUUGGUCAGUGCCAGCUCUGACAAAGGACUGAAAUACCAUUGGUUAAGACAAAUAAAUUUAAGAUCAGAGCAUCAACGAUGUUUGGGUUUGUCAUGGGAACUGUGAAAUCCGAAUGGUGGUGUUUACAGCGAAUACAAGUGAAAAUGAAAGGCUGGAAACGGGUUACGGUUUGAGUUGGCCCACAGAUAAAGAAAUUGCCAACACUUCGAAACAACAGUUCACACCCCAAGGAAACAACGCUGAAUAGUAAAACAAAAAACUGCCUUAGAGAAGAACAAGCAGUGCCAAACAGCUCUAUUGGAGCCUUUUCUUGUGCUCUCAGGAGUGCCUAGGUGAAGAGUCAUAAAAGAACAGAUGCUGAGUUGAGAAAUGUACAUGUGAAAUAUGGGUAGAUCUGACUUCCUGAAUUGUGAUUGUUCUCUCAUACAUGUUACUUUGUGCUGUUUUUGUUGUGAUUAAGUGUGUGUGUAAGUGUGAGACAGACAGUGAGACAUUGAGGCUGUCUACAUCAGGAGUCCAAAGGUGGUCUGUAAAACCACAUAACUUUUUCAUCCUUACUCAAGUCAGUGCUCGUUUGCUUCUUAGCACAAUAACACUCAAAGCAUUAGAGCAAAGCACCUCACGAUGCCAAGAAAUAGUCUAGGUUUUUUUUUUUCUCGUGACAUUUAGUUUCCUUUUGUGUAAAAGUAAACUAUUUUACCCCAUGGGUUUAAACUACAUAGAAGUUACUUUAAUUAUUUUUUUGCCCUUCAGAAUGAUUUUUACCAAAAUAUUGUUUAUUACAGGGCCCAGUUUCAAAGACUAACACACGGAACAUGGGAGGGUAUUCCUUUAGGAAUAGUCACUUUACAUCUUGCACUUGCUUUUGGUACUUAAAGCAAAAGGUCUCCAAUCAUGUACGGUACCACUGAGGCUGUUUGCAGGGUUUCAUUUAAACCAAACACUUCAGCCUCUCUGAGUAGCGCACUGCCAACCAGGAGGGGCUCAACUCGUCAUGAAACUCACCUCAAAGUGGUGUCUGGUUGAAACGGGAAUGUGCGGGCUCGUGGUUUAUGACAGCACAUGGCCGGAGACCCCUGAUUUGGAGAACUACAUUCGGACACAACUUGUAAUUUAGCCUUUUUUGUAGCAAUGGGAAGAGGCUGGGGUGCAUUUGUACAAAGCAGCUUAUGUGAGAAAGAGACUGCCUGCGUGUGUUGUCUGAUAGGUAAAUAUCGGAGGAAAUGUAUACCAUUCGCUUUUUAAGUUAUCCAUUUCUUAAAGAUAUGUAUACAUUAUAUAUAAAAUGAUGUUUAAUAUUUUGAAAUAUGCAAAUUUGUAAAUAUUACAGGGAAGUGUUUUUAAUGUUUUUAUGAAUAUGUGAUGUUUUUGUGGCUGUGAUUAAAAGUUGUUUUUUUAAUAUAGAUAAUGCUUUGUCAAAUGUCUGUAUUUAUCAGAGGAUUUCUUAAACAGCAUUUUUAAAAGAUCGAGGCUCUGCAACUUAUUUUUGAGAGAGACUUUCCUCAACUCAUUCACUCUCAAACCACUAACCCCUCUGUCUGAUCACAGCCAAGUUACCCUGUUUUUCUUAAAAGAUCAGACAUUAAAAUGGCACACACACAACUAAGUAAGCUGUACAACAAUAUCAGAAAUUCAUACAGAUGGGUCCAAAACAGUGCAGAAAAAUACCAGAAAGCGACUGAUACCCCCCCCCCACACACACAC